GGCCCCCGGCCGCCCUCCCUCGGCUCCCACAACUUUUGAGGCUGGGAGCGCGCUCGCAGCCUCACUCCGCUCACUUCCCUGGGCCGGCGCGGCAGCGGCUGCCCGCUUCCCUCGCACCCGCGCCGCCCCGCGCCCUCCCCGCGCGCCGGGCAUGUGAGCGCGGGCGGGCGCCGCCACCAUGGCCUCGCCGCGCGCCUCGCGGUGGCCGCCGCCGCCGCUCCUGCUGUUUCUGCCGCCGCUGCUGCUGCUGCUGCUGCCGCCACCGGCGGCCCCCUGGACGCCGGGUCAGCCUCCCUCCCCGGCCCGCCCAGCGCUCCUGUCCAGCGUCCGGCCGGCGCGCCCGCCUGACCUCGGCCGGGAGCGCGAGGCGCUGCCUCUGCCGCCGCCCCAGAAGCGCCGCGAGCCCGCGCCCCUCGGCCCCAGCCACACUGCCCCCGCGCCGGGCGCCGCGACACCGCGGGGACGCUUCGGCUGGGCCCCCCGAGUCGGGAGCGCGGCUACUAUAAGUAACCACUGGCCUGAAAGUAAUACUGAACCCCACAUAGAAAACAUCGUCUUUUAUCAGAAUCAAGAGGACUUUUCAACAGUGGACUCCAAAGAGGGCACAAUGGUUCAGACCUCCAGAAUGAGCCAGGUGUUUUCAGAAGCUCCAGUAAACCUCUCUCCCCUAAUUGAAACAGCAACUGUGGAGGGAAGGAACAAGUCUUCAAGUAGAACAAACUUCACCAUUUUGCCUAUUGGGCACUCGUCUGAAAUUGCAACAACUAUAACAUCCCAGGGCAGCACCUUAAGCUUGGAACGACUUCACCUUCCAUCCAGCAGUUCAGGGUCAGAAGGAAGAACAGCUCCUUCUCAAAUGGAGAGCAGAAUACCCCAGGUCUCCCUGGGGAAGGUGAAGGGGCUCCCAGAAGAAGUGGCUGUUCACAGCCAAGUGACUGGCACUUCAGAUUCAAGCUGGUCUUCCCUUGCUGCUUCAGAGCCAGGAGAACCCACUAUGCUAUCGAGGAAGAGAAAUUCCUUGGGACCAGAGCUCUCCUUGCUGCAUAUAUCCAAGACAAUUUCUUAUUCUCCUCCCUCAGACCAUUCCUCAACUUCUGGGAGUAUAAAAGAACUGAACAACUCUACUGCUCUCCAAAGGCCACUGGUCAACCAGACAAAGAGUACACAUGUUGCCACCACAUUCACUGACAGUGUUUCAAGGAUUCUUAGGUCUUUGACUAUCAGUCUGGGACCUAUAAACAAGACAGAAGAUUUGCCUACAGACUCCAAAAUUGCCACAACUUCAGUUUCAGUCUCUUCCUCACCCUCUGCAGUAGAAUCAAGAAGUAACAGGAGAGCAACCAAGACUCCAGAAGAUGGAGAACUCAUUGAGCCAUCUACAGAAAAUGAAUCUGGUGUUACAUCUUUACACUGGCAAAAAGAUUCCACAACCUUCAGAGGCCAUCAACUUGCCCUAAGCUCUGAAAUGAGAAAUGGAAGUUUCAUGCCUCAGACUGAGACUGUGUCUAGGUCAGUUCCCUCCAUUAGAGAUGAAGAGAGCACAGCACACUGGUCCUUGACCAACAGCAAGACAUUUGCAGAUGUUACAGGAAGCUCUGCUUCACAUCCUCGAUUUAUGAACUCUUUAGUUUUGACUCAGUCCUCAGACUCUGCUCAACAGUCCAGAGGAGGUAAUACAGUGUUGGAUGAGAACAGUUACUCAGAGUCUUCAUCUACAUCUUCCUCAGAAAGCCUAGAUUCGUCAACACCACAAGGAGAACAUUCAACCCUGGAAGACGACGCGGCGCCGGCCUCGCGCUCCCGCAGUUCCCUCGCCGAGGGGAGCACUUCCGGGGCGCACUCCCGCGGCGCGCACACCUGGGCCGCUCUCACCGGAAGCGGGGAGCGCACGCUGCGGUCGCUUAGCCUCGCCGACGCCACCUCUGCAGAGGUGGGGAGCUCUGCGGGCGCCACUCAGCGCGGGAACGUGACGGACCACGCGGGCCUGCUCUCGCGGUCGCCGGGCGCGGCGCCUGCCCUCGGAGGUGUCACUGGACUUAGCUAUGGUCAAGUGAGUGGCACAGAUACUGAACAAAGGACUUCCAGUGACCACACAGAUCACACCUAUGUUUCAUCUACUUUUACCAAAGGAGAACGGGCAUUACUGUCCAUUACAGAUAAUGGUUCAUCCUCAGACAUCAGUGAGAGUUCAACCUCUUAUAUUAAGAUCUCAGACUCUCCAUAUUCAGACUAUUCUUCCUCUUCUCAUGCUCAGACUGAAAGAAGGAACAUCUCAUCCUAUAAUGGGGAGUAUGUUCAGCCGUCCACUGAGUCACUGACUCUGCAUACAUCCAGCCUUCCAUCCUACACCUCUACCAUUAAUAUACUGAAAACUUUGGUUCUUAUGGAUGCCAGUACUGAGUCUGUUGGUGACUCAUCUUCUGCCUCGGGCCCUUCUUUGCCUUUGCCCUCAGUGUCACAAUCCCACCAGUUGUUCUCAUCAAGUUUACUGUCAACCAAGGCCUCCACCCAUCAGCUGAAGUCUACCUCUGAGGCAUCUACACUUUUGUCUUCCUCACCAUCACCUUUACCAGUUUCCUCGACAGCUGCUUCUCCUGUCCCACUUUCUGUCUCACAGACAACCUUACCACAUUCUUCUACCCCAGUCCUGCCCAGGGAAGGAGAGAUGCCUGAGUCUUCAGUUCAGACAUCAACAAUGGUGUCAUCCAUGAUAAUACCCCACAGUAGUAAUACAGCAGAUCCCAAGAACCAGAGCAUCCCACAACAAGAGAAAAUCAUUACAGAAGCAAAGUCACCAACCCUAGUGUCUCUGCCCACAGAAUCCACCAAAGAUGUAACAGUGAGUGCUCCUUCAGGGGUUCCUUUGCCCCCAGCCUUAACUGAGUCCUUCACUAAAUCAGCCCUUCCAGCCAUGAGCACCAGCUUAGCCCAAAUGUCUCCAACUUUGACAACUACUACUCUCAAGGCCUCUCAUUCUUCUGUGACCACUCCCAGUACCUUGUCAAGUACAGAAGUUCUGAGUACUGACCCCAUAGCUGUACACACUACAACUGGAAAACAGCUCUUCCCUACCAAUCCUGAAAUUCUGGUGCCACAAAUCUCAACAGAAGGUGCCAUCACCACAGAAAGGAACCGUGUGCAUAUUGAUGCUACCACCCACUUAAUCACUCUGACCAAUGUACCAACAUCAACAAAAGAAUUGACCACAAGGCUUGAUAUCACAGAAGAGUAUAGCCCAGCUUCACAUUUCCUCAGAACUUCUCCUUUCCAAACCACAGAUGUUUCUACAGCUGAAGUGUUGACUCCUAAACCUACCACCUUUGCUACUCAGAGUAGCACACAGUCCCCAAUGGCAUCGUCACCUCCACCAUCAGUCAACAGCUGUGCCAUGAACCCUUGUCUUCAUGAUGGCAAAUGCGUUGUGGACCUCACCAGCGGUGGUUAUCGAUGUAUGUGCUCACCUUCCUGGCAAGGGGAUAACUGCAGUGUGGAUGUGAAUGAAUGUCUGUCAAACCCAUGCCCACCCCUGGCCAUAUGUAAUAAUACUCAGGGAUCUUUUACCUGCAAAUGCCCAGUUGGAUACCAGUUGGAAAAAGGAAUAUGUAAUUUGGUUAGAACCUUCGUGACAGAGUUUAAAUUAAAGAAAACAUUUUUUAAUGCUACCGUGGAAAAACAUUCAGACCUACUUGAAGUUGAAAAUGAGAUCACUGAAACAUUAAAUGUGUGUUUUUCAACGUUACCUGGUUAUAUUCGAUCCACAGUCCAUGCUUCUUGGGAAUCCAGUAUGGUGGUGAUCUCACUGCAAACCACCUUUUCCUUGACUUCCAAUGUGACACUGUUUGACUUGGCCGACGGGAUCCAGAAAUGUGUCAACUCCUGCAGGUCCUCCGCUGAGGUCUGCCAGCUCUUGGGAUCUCAGAGGCGAAUCUUUAGAGCGGGCAGCUUGUGCAAGCGAAAGAGUCCAGAAUGUGACAAAGAGACCUCCAUCUGCACUGACCUGGAUGGUAUUGCACUAUGCCAGUGCAAGUCGGGCUAUUUCCAGUUCAACAAGAUGGAUCACUCCUGCCGAGCAUGUGAAGAUGGAUAUAGGCUUGAAAAUGAAACCUGUAUGAGUUGCCCAUUUGGCCUUGGUGGUCUCAACUGUGGAAACCCCUAUCAGCUUAUCACUGUGGUGAUUGCAGCAGCAGGAGGUGGGCUUCUGCUUAUCCUAGGCAUUGCACUGAUUGUUACCUGCUGCAGAAAGAAUAAAAAUGACAUAAGCAAACUCAUCUUCAAAAGUGGGGAUUUCCAAAUGUCCCCAUAUGCUGAGUACCCUAAGAACCCUCGCUCACAAGAAUGGGGCCGAGAAGCUAUUGAGAUGCAUGAGAAUGGAAGCACCAAAAACCUCCUCCAGAUGACAGAUGUGUAUUACUCGCCCACAAGUAUAAGGAAUCCUGAACUUGAACGAAAUGGACUCUACCCUGCCUACACUGGAUUGCCUGGAUCACGGCAUUCGUGCAUUUUCCCUGGACAGUAUAACCCAUCUUUCAUUAGUGAUGAAAGCAGGAGAAGAGACUACUUUUGAGUCCAGGAGAGAGAGGGCCCCAUUACUCUGAGCCAGAUUCCCAGGAUCUCUAUGGCUCAGAGGACACACUGGCUGCUCUCAGGACUUAUCAGAGCCACACUUAAGUGGCAAGCAGAAAAGAGACAGGCACAAGGAAGGGUCUUGACCACAGUGGAAGGGGACAGAUAGAUGUGGAACUGCAGACUGCUUGUUCAGCACCUUUGUUGUUACUGUGAACAUGAACAUGGGCCAGUACCAAGAGAGUUUCUGAGUGACUGCAACAUGGCACUGGCACUAGGGGCAACCGUUAGCCACAACUGUAUCAUUGCGAGGACCCAAUUUUCCCUUAGUUUGCACUUUAGUGAAUUGGGCAGGGAGGUUUCCUGAAUUUGUUUCAAGAUGGUUCAGGAAAGAAGGUUUCCUUUCCUGAGACACUUCCAUAGGCCACAAUUUGGUGAUUAAUUUAUAGCCAUAUACUAGCUCUUUGUUUUUGUCCAGUGCCUACAUGCUAAGCAAUAGAUGGGGAUGAACAUACCACUAAGGUUUGAAGAUGCUGCAGUUGAAUGUACAGUAUUUUAAUAUUUCUGGGUCGUUGUAUGCUAUGGUUUCCAAGUCAACCCCCCAAAAUGAGGAAUUGACAUUUGUGAGGCACAGCACACAACUCCCAUUUGUAUUUCAAGGCAAGGUGGAACAUUUAUUUAAGAGGCCCCCCCCUUUUGCAAUUAAAUCUCACCUUUUCAAGCAAGUCUGUAUCAGGGCAAAACAAUUUCUAUUUGGUUUUAGUUGGAGGCAUCCAGUUGCCCCCCAGUAAGGUCCAGCAGUCAGAAUUGGGGGUUGGUCCUAUAGGCAGUGAGGUACUUUCUAUCUAAGAGGGCUUUUCAUGAGGUUUGGUACUCUGACCACCAUCAUGGAGACCAGAGGCUACAAAGGAUAGGUCAGAAAUGGAGAGCUGAAUGCUGGUUGGGUCUUAGCUGGUAUUUCACCAGUAAAGAAAAAGCAGUGUGCCACAGUCCCUGCAGCUGAACCAAGUUAGAGGAAGGAGCUGAAUAGGCAUGUUGGUUUCCUACAUCGACAGUACUUUAGGAAGCCAUGGAUUCUUGGGGGAAGAAUAGGGACCUAGGAUGGAGCUUCAGGUAAGUAUGCUUACCUGCUAAUCUUUAUGUCCAUAAUCUCAUCCACAAACUCAGUUUAAACCUCAGCCACUCAGAGCUAUUUAUUCAUUGAAGAACUAACUUAUUUUCUCAUAUCCAAUCAUUUGUACCUCUUUAUUGACGGUGUGGGGUGUCCUCUGGAAACACAGUUGUAGUUCAGGGCAGCAUUGGAGAAGUACAUCCUGGCAGGUUAGUGAUGUGAGAGUUUACUUUUGGGAAGGAGAUUGUGAUGUCUUAUUUAUCAUACCUGUGAUAUAGGUCCUGCAAGGGAGGCAUGUCCAACACUCAGUGUCUUUAACUGCUCCCUAUGGAACAAUAUUCAUUUAUCUGUUUGUGGAACAUCUGGUUUUGGAUGAAAUGAUGGGAACACAGAGGUAAAAGAAUGUUUCCCUGAAGCUGGGAGUUAAAUGGCACACAUUUCUGGAAAUGGUACAACUGUUGGGACAUUUCUGACCUGGGCGUGGUUGUUUCUUUAGGAUUCUCUAUAAUUUUUUCAAAACACACACAGUCCUCUCCCUAAGUGUUUUAGGUGUGGCUCCUGUGUCCCUUGGUCUCUGCAACUCACCAUCACCUGCUAUAGCAGGAACACUUGAAAGGGGCAAUGAAUUUUAGCAGUUAAAAACGCACCUACAAAUAUAAAAAGAAUUCUGUCAUCCAUGGAUGUUAACUUAAAAUUUUAAAGCAUCGCUUUCUUGAAACUUUGGGUCUUAUAUCUCUGUGGAACUAAAUAGCCUUUUGUGCCUCACUGCCUCAUAUCUAACUGGAGAGUUUUGAGCUCCUGCACUCAGUUCACCUGAGCCAACAACUUAGAUCCCUUGUGAGGUGAUGCCCCUGCUUGUCCCUAGGCCCCACAGCUUUGGGAAGAGCCACCAUAGAAGCUCUUCCAAGACAUGUAUUUCUGCUGCCUUGAGCUGACAUCACAGCAGCAAAUCAUCUCCUAUCUCAGGGUCAGAAGCCUUAAGUCCCACAAAAUGAAGUGUUGUGUCCCAAGAGCAUUUUUGGGAAGAAUUCCAGUCCAGAAAAGUGUGUCCUGUGAGUUUCAUGCCUUUUGUUCAAGUUAAGAUUAAGGGUGUUUGUUGUUGUUGUUGUUGUUAACUGUGACCAAAGCACUAAGCAAAGUUGAGUUCAUACCAUCUCUACAAUUUUCAGGAGGCGUGGUAUGUGGAAAGCAUCCUGAGGUAUAAGAAAGCAUGAAAAGAGGCAUGGGUGUUGCUCAAUGCUCACCACAUCCUAGGUGAGGAAGGGAGAGGCUGAGUCCACUCCUGCUUAAGGUUAAUACUUCCAGAAGGGGCCUGCUUAUGCCAAGAGGAAACAGCUGGUAUGGUAUUAGCAGCCCAUGGACAGAACAGGUUUGGAUGUGUGUACACCUGACAUGGGGGAUCCUAGCCAGGGUGCAAGAGCUUAGCAUCAGUGCUCACACCUGGAAAUUGUGAUUCAUGUGCACACAAUGUCAUGGUCCUGCAUUGGGACCCCACAGUGGGGGAGAGUGUGAGGAAGGAAAAAGUGACACUAACCUGCCCUCAAGAUGCUUCUGUAGGGAAGAAUCAGGCCAGGAGAACCUGUGUGUCCUGGAACAUGCCAGAGCGUGACUUCCCGGCUUCCUAGCAUCCAUGCUGGGUUUUGUUUACGCUCCUAAAAAUCUUAUUUCCAUUGUUUUUUUUUGUUUGUUUUUUGUUUUUUGGGUUUUUUGUUUUGUUUUGUUUUUUCGUGUUUGAUCCAUGAACUAUUUCUUUAGGAGGAUAAAUAACAUCUUUCAUGUUCCUGCCAUGGCCAAGUUCCAUACAAGUUACAGCACCCUUGUUAGUUGGCCAAGAGAGCAUGUAUUUCCUGGAUAUAGAAACCUUCAGAGAGGAUAAAUAGUCAGCCUCGUAGAAGCAGGAUUCAAGUCCUAGUUGGCCUGACUUACCCUGUUGUUCUUUCCACUAGGUCUCCCUGCUCACCUUCCUGGCAGGCAUCUCUCCAUGCAGUGUACUUUAAGUAUCAAAGAGGGCGAGAGAGAUUGAACUUAAAUUAUUUUUAGAGAAAAUAUUAAACAGUACCCAAACUAAUGACAUGAAGUAGAAAAAGGUGUUGAAUAUCCUUUUGAAAAUGUUUUUUCAGGUUGGUUUUUUAAAUGUACAUUUCUUGGGUGCAUGUGGUCCUCAUGAAGAAAAUAGUGACUGGCUUAUGCUUGGCAAGAAGCACAUCAAUAUAUGUCUUUGACAGUAGGAAGUUAAGGUGAUGGUCUGUGUGGGUUUUUGACAAGCACAGCCAGACGUACAUUUCCUCUGGAUGGCUGCCUGUCUUGUUUCCAUAGUGAGGCCGUGGCUUCCAAAUAUCGGGAGAACAUUUGUGUGAACCAUUAUCAGAUUUGGAAACAGUUUAAAUGCUGAUAAAUCUGCCUCCAUUAAGGGAAAGGUAAUUUUCAGAAGCAGCUAAGUUAUUUAGAGCCAGAAUUGCUGACUGAAUGGUACAGUCAAGCUGGAUGAUGGUAGUUAAGAUCAAAAAGUCAGAGGUGACUAUUGAGUUUUUGGAAGAGGUAACUCUUAGAAGUUGGCCCAUAGUAGAGGGCAACAUCUUUGCAAUAAGAUACUGGAUUGCUACCCAAAAAUGUCUGUGAAGGAUGAUCGCUAUUCAGAUGUAAAAGUUCUAGAGCAGUAAUGUUAGGGUGCCCCCCUCCUAGCACAUGGCCUUCUGAUGCUUCAUUAAGCUACUUUGCCCACUGGUAAAGUGCUCAGGUGCACUUUAACUCAUUUGACUUUGCCUGUAUAGUGGAGUUACCCAAACCCAUAAUUAGGGCUUUGAUUCAUAAUUCUAAAAUAAACUUUGACUUUGAGACUAGAAGACCUUUCUUUGAAAAGAGGAAGAAAGCAAAGUUAGUAUCUCAGUAUUUUGUAUUUAAAACUGCCCUUAUUAUCAUAAAUAUAUUUUUUCUAACUGAAAGCUUUUGUGGAGGUAGGAAGGGACAUUUCAUUUCAUUUCUUCUGGAUGAAGCAUCAUUCUAAGGUUCUUGUGUGCAUUUUUGGAAACAAAUAGGGUUUUAUAGAGUUCACCUUUGGGUAAGUGUUCUUGUUUUCAUUUUGUUUUCUCAAAACCCCAAAGAAGAAACUUGUAAAAAUGGUAGGGACAUUAAAUGAUAAUUAAUUUGUUGUUCUAAAGUAUCUUAAUAAUAUUAUACUCCAUAUCUGAUGUAAACUUUAGCUCACAGAAAAGCCUGUGAAACCAAAGGAAACUAAAAAGAGACAGAUCCUAAACCAGACCUGUACCAUGGGCAUUUUAAGAGACCAUUUCAAGGGAGUUUGCUAUUAGAUUUGGUUUUAUAAUUUUUUAAUGAUGUUCAGUGCACUUCAGUGCAGAGUUCCUGGGUAGAGAGGAUAAGACAGGACAGGGAUGGAAUGGAACCAGUUUGUCUGGGACACUGAUCCAACUCACUUAUCUUUCUGUAUUACCUAAAUUUGUUCUAAAAAGAAAAUUAUUGUUUCAUCAAGAGUGCUGUGAGUUUUUAAAAUGUUUGUGUUGCUGGAUUUAUGGUUAAAUGGCGCAUGUAGUGGAAAUAUGAACUUUUUGAGUUUUCAUAUUGUCCUGGAUUUCUGUUUGUAAACCUUUGAACUUUAGCCCCUGGUUGAUUGUGUUAAAUCCAUUAUGAGAAUGUUAUUUAAAGUUGUAUUAUAAUUGCAGCCUUCACUAAUUAUUCAGUACUGUAGCAGCAAAGUAUUGUUUGUAAGAAUUCGGUUAUUUUUCUACUUAUAUCCACUAUAAGUCUGGCGUUCUAGUCAGUGAAAUGAUGCAAUAAAAUGAAUAUUGUUCUCAAUAUGUGUUCUUCUCUUAUUAAUAAGUAAACCGACAGGA